GGAUGAAGCUGGUUGGUCGUGGUCGUACAUUGGUCGUACAUCUCGUACAAUCUCUUGUGAUGAGUGGCGUCGUGGCGUUGGAUGGCGUAGUAAUUGCUUUAUUUAGAGAAUUGGCUUCAUAAAGCCUUGUUAGUUGUGUUUAUUAUUGCCUUUUGGUUGGAAAAUAGUUAAUAUUAUUGUCUAAGAAAUCACUUUAGCACCGAUUCACAAUUGAAGCUUGGUGGUGAUAGUUCGUUCCGGAGGUUCAUGACUGAGGUGUUAUCUGAACAAUUUUGCUAAUUUUGGUUUUCUCGUACUUGGACGGAACGUCUUCAUCUUUUCGCACAUAUUGUACGUACAUUUAAAGUUAAAAUGUCCAGAAAAAGACGUGCAGAGGAACGAUCCAGGAGCAGAUCUCCAAGUUCGAGAAGUUCUAGCCGUAGCAGCCAAUCUCACGGCUCCCAAGAUGACGAAGAGGACGGAAUUCGCCUUCAUGUAGCCGGUUUAGGUUUUGGAAUUCGACGACGUGAGUUGCAGCACAUAUUUGAGAAAUAUGGUGAUUUAAGAGAAAUUUGGAUGGCUCGGUCACCCCCAUGUUUUGCAUUUGUUGUUUAUCGAGAGAAGGAUGAUGCUGAGGAUGCAGUAAAGGCUACAGAUGGAAUAAUGUUGCAUGGCAACCAACUGCGAGUGACCUUUGCUCGGCCCCGUACCAGAGGGCGGGGACGACGAGGCUUUGAUCCCAACAUGCGAUGCUAUCAGUGUGGGUACAAGGGCCACUUCUCAAGGGACUGUCCCGACACCAAGUACGGAUACAAGCGCCCUCCCUCUAGCACUAAAGAACAAUUACUCAUAAAAGAAUUGAUGUCAUUUCUCAAGGAGCCUGCACUUCAUAAGAAGUCAGAAUUCCUACAUCACCUCAUAUUUCAAAAGUCAAUUGUUCAGAAAUUUGAUGUCUUUGGAGAUGCACUAAACAAGAGCAAGAUCAUAGCACAAAAACUUGAUGCUGUAUGUUAG